AUGAAGUCUUUCACCUUGUCCGGCGUCAUCGCCGCUCUCACUGCCACCGCUGCCGUCCAGGCCCAGACCUACUCCCAGGAUGGACCUUUCUACCUGAAGCUCAAGUCCAACGAUACCUCCCUCGACGGCAAGUACCUCUACGCCUGCCACGCCGGCGCCGCCAUUGAGUCGCUGUGCCUUGGCAGCACCCAGGAUCCCGCCGGUGCCUCUUCAUCCUCCUUCUACUACAACUACACCGUCAACGACAACGUUCCUUCCAACUCCGGUCUCUUGAUCUGGAACCUCCAGGCCAGCGGUGCUGAUGGUCCCAUCACCGUCUCUUCCCCUCUGUCUUUCAACUACGACCCUGGCUCUAAUGUUGCCACGACUCUGUUCAUGCCUACUGCUUCCCCGAGCCUCCAGGUUGCCUUUGACAACGAGAACCAGCUGUUUGUUCCUACCUACACCGACGACUCCAAGUACGUUGCGGGCCAGUACCCCGAGUACCCUGGCACCAUCGCCCUUCAGAACUGGCAGGCAUGCUGGGCGCAAGUUGGAGGCUACUACUACAACGUACUCGCGUGGGUUACUAGCGGCGCGCCGAAGAACCCCACUUGCAAGGCUGUGAAGGUCGCCAAGGUUAAGGUACAAGACACUGAGCAGCAAAACCCGGAGGAUGACCAUGCCGAGAAGGGCUCUGAGGAACAACAGCCCGAGGGUGACCACGCUGGAGAGCCUGUCGCCCAGAUUGGUGAUGAUCAGGUGCAGAAUGUUCCUGCUCCGGCUCCGGCUCCCCCGCCUGCUCCUGCGCAAGAUGGACAGGACGAUGAAGAGAAUCAUGACCAGGAUGACAAUGAGAGCUCCAACGAAGAGUAAACGGACUGGAUUUCAUGGCAAGGAAGAAGAGACCGGAUGGUUGGCUGAUUUGGGCAGAACAUGCAUGAUUAAUCGCUAAUGUUUUCUUAUUGAGAGUAAUGACGGACGAAUUUCGAUGCUUUGGCGUUGAGGACAGUUAUGGUUAAUACAUUUCAUUUCAUUGACUUUAUUCUCUCUACUCCGUCUUUUGGUGACUGUAAUGACCGAGAUCUCGUGAAACGCAUGGCAGAUGUCUGGUCUGAAUUCCUUCAUCUUAUAUGUACCGAAUACGUACAGACAUGAGCAAAUUGACAUUGAAGUAAGGCAACUAACCAUAUAAAAAUCAUUCCGUACAUAAGCCCGGCGCCGAUAUCAUCAGUCCUGGCAUUGGUUAACCGACUGUGUGGGCGGUGGCGCAUGGCUCAGAUC